GUAGACAUUUUAGGAAACCUUUUUUUAAAGCCAUGGGGAUAUUAGAUCUCUUUCUCCAGUCCUCCAGCUCUAUCUCCCUGUUGGGGGGUCUUGUUGUCCUGCUACUCGUCUACCUUGUCUGCUCCUCUAGCUUCAGCUCCAAGGAAGACAGAAAGGAACCUCCAGGACCAAAACCAUUACCCCUAAUUGGGAACCUGCUGCAGCUUGAUCUCAAGAGACCCUACAACACAUUACUGAAGCUUUCCAAGACAUACGGAUCAGUGUUCACUGUGCAUUUGGGACCCCAAAAAGUGGUUGUGCUGGCUGGGUACAAGACGGUGAAAGAGGCACUUGUCAACUACGCUGAAGAGUUUGGUGAAAGAGAUCCAAUGUUAAUAAUGCAGGAAUCUAAUGAAGGCCACGGGGUUUUAUGGUCCAAUGGUGAAUCGUGGAAGGAGAUGAGGCGCUUUGCUUUGAGUAACCUGAGAGACUUUGGGAUGGGCAAGAAGGCGAGUGAGGACAAAAUCAUUGAGGAAUGUGAACACCUCCUUCAAGUGUUCAAGACAUUUAAAGGUAAGUGUCUUAUAAUAACCAACCAGCAUGUAACAUAUUUCCAACACUCGUGAUUUAGAUUUUUUCCUGUUUUCCUUGUUACAGGUGAAGCUUUUGAUACGACCCAACCAGUAAACUAUGCGGUCUCUAAUAUUAUCUGCUCCAUUGUUUAUGGCAGCAGAUUUGAAUAUGAUGAUCCAGAGUUUACAUCCCUGGUAGAUCGAACAAAC